CAUGGCGAACUUCAAAUUUAAUUUUACGUCCGCGGAUAUUAACGAAGAUGCGACCAUCUCUUCGUCUGGAAACGAUAAGGACAUUUCACCAGAACCUACAACUGCACAAGAGGCAAAAGAAAUUCAAAUAACGUCCAAUUCUCUGGCGUAUUUGGAUUCUGCAAUAGAGGAAAUUUGCCUUGGACAAGGUAGCUUUUGCUUAAAACACGUGAACGAGAUUAGUGUGGAUGAAAAUCUAACAAAUAGUGCGGCCAUAAAAACAGCAGCUGAAAGGAGCUCGGACUUGAUUCCUUCGGUUUACGAAGGAGGGCUUAAAAUUUGGGAAUGUAGUAUAGAUUUGGUGGAUUACAUGUUGGAAAGUGGAAUCGAUUUUCUCGGAAAACGGGUGUUGGAAAUCGGUUGUGGAGCGGGGCUGCCCGGAAUAUAUGCUCUUCUUCAAGGAGGCCAGGUUCAUUUUCAGGAUUACAAUGACGAUGUUAUUGAGCAUGUAACGAUUCCUAAUGUAUUAUUGAAUCUUGAACAGCGACUGAAAAGGGAACACUGUGACUUGAAAACAACAACAGUAGCUAACUUCGACCUCCUCGAAACAGUGCGGCAAAGUUGCUCAUUUUAUUCAGGUGACUGGGGAAAUCUGUUAGGUUUCAUCAACCCAGAACUAGCCACUGAGAUGCUGUAUGAUGUAAUCCUAACGGCUGAGACAAUUUACGCCGUGGAAUCACAUGUCAAGUUGUACCAGUUCGUCAAAAGACACCUAAAGAAACCCAGUGGCCUCGCCUAUGUAGCGGCCAAAACACAUUAUUUUGGUGUUGGUGGAGGGACGAGGAGUUUUGAGAAGUUAGUGUUAAUGGACGGUGUGUUUGAUGUGUCAGUUUGUAAAGUGUACAGUACGGGUGUGCAACGAGAAAUUUUGUGUUUGAAAUAUCGAUAGGUGUUUACUAUAAACUUGAGUUAAAAAAGAGACGCAGAGAGAUGAAUAUGUAUUGGUCGCGUCUUGAACAAAUGAAAGACAUCUAAAGAAACCUGAUGGUCUCGCCUAUGUAGCGGCAAAGACAUAUUAUAUUGGUGUUGGUGGAGGGACGAGGAGUCUUGAAAAGUUAGUGUUCAUGGACGGUGUGUUUCACGUGUCAGUUUGUAAGGUGUACAGUACGGGUGUGCAACGAGAAAUUUUGUGUUUGAAAUAUCGAUAGGUGUUAACUAUAAACUUGAUUUAAAAAAGAGACGCUGAGAGAUGAAUAUGUAUUGGUCACGUCUAAAACAAAUGAAAGACAUCUAAAGAAACCUGAUGGUCUCGCCUAUGUAGCGGCAAAGACACAUGAUGCAACGAGAAAUUUUGUUUGAAAUAUUGAUAGGUGUUUACUCUAAACUUGAGUUAAAAAAGAGACGCAGAGAGAUGAAUGUGUAUUGGUCGCUUCUAAAACGAAUGAAAGAAGCUUUUUGCUAAUGCCUGUGUGGUCAAUACUCCCAAAACGAGCAUUUUUCCUUCCGAAAAGAUACGAAGUGUGCGACUUCCGCGAUCUUAAUCUAAUACUUCUUGUGUGACGCUUGAUUUUGACUUGAAAUAAUAGUGGGGAGUUCGGCUGCCUUUAAAAGCACACACAACCCACAAUUCUUCUAUUCGCUCCGACGACGGGCUAA